AUGACGGCUGAGCGCCAAGUAACUUCCAAAACAUUCGGAACAAAAGAACAAAAAGCAAGAAUUAUCUCUUGCGAGCGACUCCCAGAAAAGCGAUUUAUGGAAAAUUCAGCUUCUAGCCAGAUUUUUCCACAGGAGCAGAGAUUUGAAAUUUACCGCGGAGAAUGCUUUAAUGGUGGCUUUCCACAGACCGGUCAGCGUGGAAAUACAUCAAACGGUAGACACCCGGGUACAAUCGAAGAAGAAGACAUCCUUAUUCGAAACAGUUUAUGGGGAGAUUGCGAUUUUGGUCCUCCAAUCGCAAAUCCUGUGACUAUAAGGGAAAAUGGCGCUGGAAGACGUUCUGGUAAAGAUUUCAGAAGUGAUAGUCACAGCAGUCAAAAAUUGAGUUUAAGACAGGAUAUUUGCUAUGACACUCCUACAGACGAAUCAAGACGAAUCGGUGCAUCUUCACUGAUUUCCGUUGCACCACCCCUACCGAAAAUUGGGCCAAAACAAAAGAGCUUCAGUAAAUAUGACCUCACCACUGCAGAUGACAUGAAUAUUUUACAACAUGAUAUUCCCAAGCCUGAUGGUCAACUAAAGAGGUAUAAUGAUGGUUUAAUUCCUCAUACAAAACAGAACAACUUUUUUCGAGAAAACCGGGACCAUCGUGACCUCGCCCUGGCUACGGAUAUGACGGACAAUUUUGACUCUGUUCCAACUUCAAUGACUUCAGGCCAUAGCGCAAUUCCACGCCCGAAAAAGAAGGAUUCGACGCGAAAACCUAAUUUUACCGACAAUAUUAUGUUGUCCAGAGAUAUAGACCAGAUUUUAGAUGAAGAAGUCGGCGGCUUUGGCUCAACUGAAAUGAUAGCUCCCAGGAACGGUGCAGGUGGGCGUAGGAAAAAGGCUGUAGUAAAGAAUCCAACUGGGGUACAAGAAAGGCAGUUGGCAAAGGAUAUCGAAUACAUUCAAAUUAAGGAACAGUUCACAGAAAAUACGUCAAGUGGAACAACAUCACGUCCCCAAAAUGUAAAUGCGAUGAGAAAACCGGAGAGCGACGAUGAAAUUAAAGCAGUUAUUACUUGCAUGGACACGAUAAUUGAAGAAGACCUUGGGAAUUUUGUUUCUAAUGCCCUAGAAAGAGCUUCAAAUUUGUUGGUCUUACCAAGAAAGUUAUCUCGAAAAGGUGUGAGUGACAAAAAUAUCUGUUCAAAAGAAACAGUCUGUGUUGUUUCCAACAGAGCCAAUGAGUACAUUUUUACCACAGGGACGCCAGCACGUCCUCUUACAAGGCCGCCCACAGAUGAACAAGACCAUCUCGAUGACAUAAUGCUAGCUAAGGCCAUCGAAGGUAUUUUGGAAAUUCCAGUAAUUAACUCGACAAGCCUUCCGUCAAAGCAAAAGACGAAGACAACUUUUUCUGAUGACAGCAUGCACAUUGAGAAAAAAUCGAAGCAAAGAGUUACGGAAGCGAGGAAGAAAGAUGCAGCUGUGGAUGGAACACGUCCUACAGUAUGUAAAAUGCCCGAGGAUUGCACUAUCGAAGAGUUAGUUGCGGAGGUUUUCCCUGAUCUGUUGCCUGAAGUCCUUCCUUCAAAAGUUACUGCGGUCUCAGACGUUAACUUGCCAGAUAUCAAUCGUGGCAGUACUUGUUCCGUUACUAAUGGAGAUGACUUGAGACCCAUGGCGGCAAGCCCUUCAAAAGUGCGAUUUGGCCAACUAAAUAAAGGCAACAGCACACGCGCAGAAAAGUGGACAACUGGAAUCUUUUACAGUGACGUAGAGCUGAGGCUUAUGGGACAGAUUGAGAGAAACUAUAACACUAGAUAG